CUUGACACCAUUGACCGCAUUUAUGUCCACGACAGGGGAGCCUGCGAGCAACAACUUUCUCAGAUUGACAAUGGAGAGAAGCUGACGCACCGUUAUUUACCGGACCGUUAACUUUCCUCCUCAAGCUUCCCCUCAUGCCACCACAGCCUACUGCUGCGCCAGACCAAGGGGGAAAAGAACUGAAAGAUAGUUUUGUAAUAGUUUGACCACUCAAGAGCUGACAAUUCCUGCGUAUUGUUUUCCUUCUUUCUAGUCACUUUAACCGCGUUAUUACGCACGAUGCGCAACGGGAUGGCUUCUCUCCGGAGACAAAACACGGGAUUACAAAAUGUUUUUUAUGUCUAUCUCUCUAUUUCAGUGGCUUAUUCUUACAAUAUAGACUUAGAACAUCCUUUGGUGUUCCGCGGACCAGAUUCUAGUUUUUUUGGCUAUUCUGUGCUGGAGCAUUAUCAUGACAACACACGCUGGGUAAUAGUAGGGGCUCCGAGGGCAAACUCUACCUACAGUAGCUCUGUGCACUCUCCUGGAGCAGUAUAUAAGUGUCGAGUUCACAGCAACCCGGAGCGCCGCUGCACAGAGAUGGAUCUCGGACGAGGAAACAAGCCGAGAGAGUCGUGUGGGAAGACAUGCCAAGGAGACCGGGAUGACGAGUGGAUGGGGGUCAGCCUGGCCCGCCAGGACAGUGCCGACGGUAAAAUACUGGCUUGUGCUCACCGCUGGAAAAACAUCUACUACGACUCAGAGCACAUCCUUCCACAUGGAUACUGCUCCAUCAUUCCCCCGACUCUUCAGGGAAGGACGAAACCGCUCAUCCCUUGUUAUGAAGACCAUAAGCAGAAGUAUGGGGAAGAGCACGGCUCAUGCCAGGCCGGGAUAGCGGGAGUUUUUACGGAGGGGCUGGUGGUGAUGGGGGCACCGGGGUCAUACUACUGGACUGGGACGAUCAAGGUGUACAACCUGACUUCUGACUCCUUCUACAGCCUGAACAAAGAAGAUGUCGACUCCCACAGAUACAGCUACCUUGGCUAUGCUGUGACGGCUGGACACUUCUCCUCUCCUAAUGUAAUAGACGUAGCUGCAGGGGCUCCUCAGCACAGCGGCAGUGGAAAAGUUUACAUUUUCAAAAUCGAUGGUGGGACUUUGGUGAAGAGUUUUCAAGCCUCAGGGAAAAUGAUGGGCUCUUACUUUGGCUCCUCAUUGUGUGCAGUUGAUCUGAACCAGGACGGCCUUUCGGACCUGCUUGUGGGGGCACCCAUGCACAGCCAGCUCCGUGAUGAGGGCCAGGUGUCUGUGUACCUCAGCAAGGGCAAUGGGGUGAUGGAGGAGGAAGGUGUUUUGAGCGGUGACAAUGCUUUCAAUGCACACUUUGGAGAAUGCAUCUCUGCAAUCGGAGACAUAGAUGACGAUGGAUAUCAAGAUGUGGCCAUAGGAGCACCUAAAGAGGAUGAUUACGGAGGAGCCGUUUAUAUCUACCAUGGGGAUGCCACAGGAAUCAUCAGCAAAUACUCCAUGAAACUGUCUGGGCGGACUGUAAACCCUGGUCUGCAGAUGUUUGGCCAGUCAGUCUCUGGCAAUGUGGACAUGGAUGGCAACGGAUACGCAGAUGUCACUAUCGGGGCUUUCAUGUCAGACAGUGUGGUGCUGCUGAGGACCCGGCCUGUCAUUACGGUGGAUGUCUCCAUCUUCCUGCCCGUCUCCAUCAACAUCUCUGUGCCGCAGUGCCACGAGGGCCACCAGAACCUAAACUGCUUCAAUGUCACCGUCUGCAUGCGCUUCCGGGGAAGACAUCUGCCCGGACAGAUAGAGUUGCUGUAUAACUUGACAGCUGAUGUGGAUAAGCGACAUAAGAGCCAGCCUUCCCGGGUCUACUUCACUCAAAGUGGUUCUCAGAUCAGCAAGAUGAGCCACCAGCUCAGCCUGGAAAUCAACAGGGAGGAGUGCCAGCGCUACACUGCCUACGUUAAGAAAGAUGUGAAGGACGUGUUCACAGCAAUCACAUUCGAGGUGGCUUACAGCCUGGGCAAGCACAUGCUUACAGGACACCAGGAGCGAGACCUGCCCGCGCUCACUCCGGUGCUGCGAUGGGGGAAAGGAAACAAGAUCGCAGCGAGGAAUGAGACUUGGUUUGAGAAGAACUGCCUGUCAGAUGACUGUGCUGCAGACCUGAGGCUUCAUGGGAAGCUGUUGCUCUCUGGGUUGCACAGCAUACCCCAUUUGGCCCUCGGAGGAGUGAAAAACGUCUCUUUGAACCUGACCAUCUCCAACGCCGGGGAUGACGCCUACGACACCAACAUCUACUUCAACUUCUCCAGAGAGGUUUUCUACAUCAACUUCUGGCAGAAGGAAGAGAAGGGCAUUUCCUGUGGACUUGUUGAUUUGGACUUCCUCAAAUGCAGCGUGGGAUUUCCCUUCAUGAGAGCACAGACUAAGUAUCAUUUUGCAGUGAUUUUUGACACGAGUCAGCUUUCUGGGAUAAAUGACACACUGCAGUUCUUAGUUCAAGCAAAAAGCGCCAAUCCUGAGCACAAACUCUCUGACAACAGUUUGGAUCUGUCCAUCCCUCUGGUCCACGAGACUGACACGACUAUUACUGGUGUGGUGACGCCAAGCUCCUUUGUUUACGGAAACUCCAUCGAUGCCUCGCGCUUCGUCCAGUUGGAAGAGAUGGCGUGCAACUUUCAGCCUCUCAAUCUCACUUUCCAGGCCAUAAACAAGGGGCCCAGCAGGCUGCCUGGCUCCACUGUGGACAUCAGGAUACCUAACCGGCUGGCUGGCAACGGAGCUGACAUGUUCCACAUCAUUGAAACACAGGUGGCCGACGGCCGAGGGAACUGCACCCCUCACAGGAACCCGACACCGUGCACCAUCCCCCAGGACAGAGAGAGCAUCUUCCACUCCCUAUUUGCUUUCUUCACCAAAUCAGGGCGCAAAGUCUUGGAUUGUGAUCGGCCUGGAAGAGCAUGUAUGACAAUCUCCUGCAGUCUGGGUCCACAAUCAAAAGAAGAAGCUUUGAGCAUAGAUAUAAAACUUCUUCUCAACACUGAAAUUCUUAAGAGGGAUAGUUCCUCUGUGAUCCAGUUUGUGACAAGGGGUAGCGUGCAAGUAAAUGACAGGGCUGUGGAGGUGCCAAAGGGCCUGCCAGAGGACAUUUCUUUGGUGUUCGAGGCUCUCCACAGUCAGGAGCCAAGGGGUUACGUAGUCGGAUGGAUCAUUGCCAUCAGUCUGCUGGUGGGAAUCCUCAUCUUUUUGCUGUUAGCUGUGCUACUCUGGAAGAUGGGAUUCUUCCGUCGGCGCUACAGAGAGAUUAUUGAGGCUGAAAAGAACAGGAAGGACAGUGAUGAAAGCUGGGACUGGAUGGAAAAGAACCACUGAGAUUUGCAGUGGGGGGGGUCCCAGAGGAGCAAAUGAGAUUAGGGAUUGGGUCAGGAAGGAUCCAAUAGCACAUGGUCUCGCAGCCCAGCCGCCCUAGUGGCACCAGGCCCUUCAGUCUUCCAUAUGUGGAAGAGAAGAAUAUUCUCCAUAUUUUUUGGAGACUUGAUAUUUUUUUGUGGGUGGGGGUCCAGGAAACAGGCUUCUGAGGUGACAUUGUGGCUUGCCAGAGGACACUUGCUGUGGAAUUCAGCUAAUCUCAAAGGAGGUAACUCCCAGCCAGCAGAGCGGAGCUGUUGAUGGAGACCCACAUCCGUAUGGGGAUGUGGAGACGGCAUGAAUACUGGUGGACAACAAAACCCUCAGGGCUGUGUUACAUAGCAAAUUUAUUUUUAUACAUACACUUAAAGCCAUAUUGUGUAAAAGUGGGCUUCAAGAAGAGUUGAGGUUUAGAACAGACUGUAUCUACAGUAUGUUUUCCUAAAAGCACUGAUGUUUGAUAAGAAUGAAUGCCUUGGCUACAUAGCUUUACUUUUUAUGCCAAAGAUAUGUCCUGUGUAGUAUAUGAUUGGAGUUGUAUGUAUAUUCAUUUCUUCUUGGGGGUGAAAGAUUGUAUCUUUUCUUUACUAUUUCCCACUUAAGAAUAUGUUUUAAACAUCUGACUGUCCCUCCCUCCCACAGAUAAUCAACCAUAGCUAAUAGUGUGUUUAAGACCCCCACACACAGUGAUUCAAAUGUUGUGUCCUUAUGUCAUCCGCAAGUGUUGUCAGAGUUGUCUCAAAUUUCACAUUUCAAGCUUUGUGACUUUCCAUCCAUUCAUUUGUUAUGGUCUGGCUUUUAACCACGUUGUUUGUAGGUGAUAAAAGUAGAUAAAAGUGAUUUUGACAAAUUUUCAUUUUAAUCUUUGCUCUAUGCAAUACUUUGGAUUAACAAAUGCUUUGAAAGUGCAAUGUGCAGUAGAGCUAAUUAUCUGAAGCUGUUUUUGCAAGGAACUCUUGCUCAGGUAUGUAGCUGACUUUUUCUAUGGGCCCCCAAAAGUCCCCAGGUUCAAGUGAUGAUAUCUUACUUGAUUCUGUUGUAAAUUCUCACUGACAUGCUGUAGGAAAUGAUUCAUACGACCUGAUCAUAAUAUAUGUCCAAAACCUUUCCAGACUUCACCUGUACAGACCAUAUUUAAUUUUACUAUUAUGUUAUUAGGCAUUGGAUUUUAAGCGUGAAAUACGAGAUGCAUUACUCUCCACGGCCACAUGAAAGUCUGCAAUGGGAGUCUACCUACAGUCAUUUAUAGGGGCCCAUGGCAUGAGUAAUACCCUAAAAAUAGGUGGGAAUGUGCUGCACUCAAUCACUACACAUAAACGAGCUCUUUGGGGCUCCCGGGAAAAGCUUAUUUUAAGUCAACAUGGAGGAAUGUCAGUGCCCUGAAAAUGUGCCACUAUUAAAGUUCACAGCUCCUCGGUACUUAAAGUUACCCCACAUGUACUCGAGAGUCUUUUUAAAGCUGGACUUGAUUGUGAAUGAAAUUUUGCUGAACACAGUGAAGUAGAUUUUAUAUUAAAUGUCCCCAAAGCAGUAGGAAUAUUAGCUAUUUUAAACAUUUUAAGAGCUUUAUGAUUGCAAAAUAACAUAAAACUUAAAUUAUGCUGCAAAAAAUACAUUCUGAUAUCAGAUUAGAAGAAUUCAUCAAUGCCCCUUCGGGUGAUAAUCUAUUAUAUUGAAAGAGAUACACAGAUUGUUAAGAUGAAACCAUGCAGUGUCAUGAAUUUAAUUUUGCCAAAGAAUAAAAACUAUAUUUUGACAUAUUUCACACUUUUCUCUGAGACUUCAGUGCUAUGACACUUUAUGGGUCACUAUGAUUGCUUGGCUCUCUUUUGUGUGUUGUCUGAUCCACUUUAUUUUACCAUUUAAUUCCACUGGCAUGACAGCAUAUACUGUACACAUUCACAUCUUCCCUCUGCAUCUGUUAAAUACCCGUAUGCAGAGAAACCGACACUUGACAUUUUUUUGGUAAAUUUUAACUGUGAUGGUUAUAUUUUAUUUGUAUAUUUGUUGUCACCGUUAAUCACGCCGUUAUUUGGGAUUUUGUUCUGAGUAUACUACUGUCACUGAAUAUCAUUUCCAUUAUAGUGUGCUGUAUGUUUGAUGUUUAAAAGCUGUAUAUUUUUAUCUGUUGAUAAAUUUUAGAGUGAAAUUCCA